GUGUUUCCAUGCUCGUACGUCAUCCCUUGUCGGUGCGACUUUUAGCUGCACGUCUAAACUGUCCGUAACGAUUACGUCCCUGGCUAGUAAUCUCGAACCGUGGCUAGUUUGGUUUGCUGAUUCCAAGACGAUAUUAACUUUUUCUGUUUCAAUUGAGAUUGUUCCAGUCAACGACUUCACCGACAAUGUACCUCUCGAACCCUUCAAAUUAAGUUUCUUUGCUAAGCUGGUAUGGAUAAACGAGGCUUCGCUAGCUUGAUCUAACAGGGCGUAGGUAGUUAUCUCUCGACCAUCAGCACCAUGUACCUUAACUGCCACGACUGGAAGCGCUGUCGUGCCUCGACUUACUUGUGGAAGGACAUUCGCAGCGUUCGUCUGACGAAAUACUACCGUCUGCUUACCCGAGCUGCAUUCCCUUUGUUUUAGGAGCCAAUCAUAUGGCAGUGUUCAAAAAAGUUUGAGCCAAUUGGAAGCCGCCUUAUUGAGAGAUUAGCUACAGGGGAAACCCCUUGCACAUGCAUUGGAGUAUAUUGUUUGGGUUGAAACUUGAAAUUUGUUUACUUGCGUGGAUAUAUUUUGGAAACUAUAGCGUUGAACUUCACCAUGUUUACGUAGAAUAAUAUUGUGAUCAUAUUCUCGCAUGUUCAGCAAACAAUCUGUGUAUAUAAAGUGCUAAAGCAAUGCAGAAGGCGAAAUUUAAAUUUUUGUUAACAAUUACAAACAAUCAAUCGGGAAACUCGAGUAUAUCAGGAUAUGUCCAAAUGUUGCUCUUGAUACUUCCUAUAUGCCAUGACUUCGACGAAAACUUCUAAAAGAUUUAAUAAGCUCUCAUUGUCAUGCAGAAAAGUAUAGCCAAGUUAGAGUAUAAACGUUUCGAAGUUUGGGCGAAUUGGAAAAUUCAUCACGGCGCAAUUUUAAUACAAGUUUCUCGGGUUUGUGUUGUGUUUACAGUUUACAUUCAGAAGUGGUUGCUCAAACAGCAAAUUAGUUUACUUUGAAGCUAAUAUUUCGCUUUCUAAGCCACAGUAUUAUAUAAAAUUUUAUGUCUUCCGAGUUCUGUUGUCUUUAAUUUAAUAUAAAGAUUAACCGUUAAAAUUUCAGCGAAAUAUAUUCUGCAUUUGAUGCUGUCUGGCUAAGAUUCAUACAGUAUAAAUAUGCCAAUCCUGUCCGCGUUUUAAAUAUAACCGAACAUCUUUAAUUUCCAAAUCUGACUAUUAAUGGUGCAUUUUAUUACCUGGACAAGUAUCAGUAUCUUUAAAUUCAAUUUAUGUGUAAUUUUGACCAAAAUUCAACCGACGACUGCUUUCAAAAUAUAUAUUUAUAUUUAUUCCGCUCCUAAAUCAACUGACGUCACUUUCCAGAAUAUGGAAGGUAAAUUCUGAUUGGUCGACGUAGCGGAAUUCAGUUUGGCGCUCGGGUAGGCAGACGGUAGUAUUUCGUCGCUUGGCGUAAGAACUACAACGUCUGUGAGCAGGCUAGCCGGAAGCCGGAUGCCGGAAAAUUCGUUAAAUCCGGCCGGAAUUCCGGCCAGAUUUGAAAUCCGGUGCACCCCUAAUGGUCUCAACCGUUUUGUUCAAGAUUUUCUGAAAUAUAUUGCGCGGAAUUAAUUAACGGGGAAGAGUGUUCAUCAAGUUUGUCUUUGCAUUAUUUUUUUGGGUUCGUACUAAUUACCGACAACCACCGUCAAAUACCGACAACAAGCAGACAAGUACGGACAACAAGCAGACAAAUGCCGACAACAGCCGUAUAUCGACAAAAGCUGUGGAAACGUUUGUCUCGACAGCUUUAGCCGGGAUUGUAUCAUGCAUGGAUUUAUUCAUUUUUGUAUCAUUUUUGUAUUUUUUAGUAUGCGUGUCAUGGUGGGCAUGUCAAAGUAUGCGAAAUGCUCGUGUUUCGACGUAGUGCAGCAAUACAAGAGCGUUCAUUUGGUGAAGGAUACGUAGCUCUACAUAUAGCUGCCAUGCGAGGUCAUAAAGAUUGUGUAGAACUUUUAUUAAGAGUAGGAGCACCUCCACAACCAAGAACACAUGAUGGAGACACACCCAAAGAUCUCGCUAAAGAUAAUGGAUAUUACGACUUAGCAGUUUAUUUAGGUGAGCAGUUUAUUGAUAGGCACUGAUACUUUCGAGUAAAACAUUAAUUCUCACAAUCAACACUGAAAGAUGCUAUCUCUUGUCAACGCCUGUCAACGCCUGGCCUUCGCCAGCAACUUUUUGUUGCUUUCUGAUAAUAAUCUGGAUUUUACAACUCUAAUUUUGCUUACUUGUUUUGACAACAAUAUUAGCGGAGUCGAAUUGUUGCGUUACAAUCACUGACCUGAAUCUGCCUCGUAUACCCAGGCGUCUCUUUGUAAAAAACAGCAAUGCGCGUAUGACGAGUUUACAUGAAGUAUUGUAGUGGUGAGAGAAAGGUCCAACAGCCCCUUCGCGCGUCGCCUGCCUGCCUAAAUACUUCACAUAUUAUAUUUAAUAUUUAAAGCGCCUGGGUACGAGGCAGGGCCUGAAUAAUAAUAGGUCAGUGGUUACAAUGCACGCUUAUUGCUCUAAUAUUAACGGAUCAAUUUGAGCGAGAAUUUGUUCCGGGGUACUUUUUGUGCAGAUAUUAGAGCAAACGCCUCACGACCAUGUUAAUUGUUUGAAAUGAUUUUUUCAGAAAGUUUUGUUGUUCCUGCCCCAAAGUCGAAACCAAAACACUGGCUUCAUGAAAACGUGGAUAGAGAGGUAUUCAUCCCAUUAGCACUGUAUUAUUAAUUUGCUUUGGAUACUGACUUUUCGCUCAUGAUUACUUUUCUCCUGAUGCGAAACCUCUGCAUUUCCAGUUACCCCCUACCCCUCCUCUAUUUGUCUACAGUAUGAAGUAAAGAUAGGGGUUAUAAUGGGAUUAUUUUAAGUGACCAAUAUUAUUUACCUACUACGAUUACUCCUUUCCAUGAUUAAAGUCAUACUAAAUUAAAUACUUGAAAGUCCUGUUGAGAGAUUAAUCAUUUCACAAAUAUUACUCAAGUCUAAAUUUUGAUAAACAAGGACCGUUGAUCACUUUCUCUGCUCGCGUUCUGUUUGGUGAACAAAACCCGAAUUUAUGAAUCAGAUAAAGUGUACUUGAAUGUACAUUGAGCGUAAACCUUUGCUUUGUUUUUUUAAUGGUUCACAGGCAGCAGUGGCGUUGUUAUAUAAAUGGCAAUGUACUGAUGGAUUAUUUCUAAUAAGAUCCAGUAGAGAGCGUGUAGCCUGGAGUGUUCACGUUCUAACUAUGGCUGUACGAAAUAUGCCUUAUCAUUUUCAGAUAAAAAGCAAGGUAUGUGAAGCCCAGCGGGCCACUUCUGACUGUUCUGUCACGUUAUAACGUUCUGCUGUAGUGCUGUGUGUCUACAUGACAGGAUGUAUAAAAAGAAGAACAUUUUCAAAAUUAUGUGAAUAUAUAUGGUAGUUAAGAUUCUUCUGAUUUCUUGAACAUUUUUUUUCUAAAUUGGCAAAUUGUGCUGCAACUUGCUUCUGGUGCAGAGUCAUGUUAUGUAAAAGGUAUUCACAGUAAAACUGAGAACUUGCCCCACAUUUCAUUCCGCCUGUCUUUUCCCAUUGGAAAAAUAUCAGAUCACUGAUUUUCUGUUAAAUGUUAAUAUUUGUGCGUUGCAUUUAAGGUUGUAGCAAAAACUGCUUACUUCGUGUAACAUGGCUGUAUGACUUAAAAGUCUUUUCCGGACCGUCUCGGUCACUAAUUAAAAAAUGGACUUUUUGCCGCAUGACUAUUCCGUGAUGGUUGAUUUCAUGCAUAAUGAAAUUUCUUUCAAUUUAUGUACACAUCUUUAGCAGAUGGAACUUUAAGUUUUAGAAGGUGGAAGACUCUUUCUUAACGAUACUCACAUUCAUAAAUUUUAAAUUUUUUUACAAUUUUUUUUUCAAUUUAGUAGCCAUUUGAAAAUUUCUACUUUUUUAUACAUCCUGUAUAUUACUAUUUGUUAAGUAGAACACGUUAGAAACAUACUGAUUGUAUCUGAGUUCUUCCAUCGAACUUUGCCAGAUAUGCGACAGUUUCUCCAGGUUCUGAAUUUGCAUUUUUCAACUGUUCCUAAAAUGUGCGUGAAACAAUGGAAGAUGUAACCGCAUCAUGUACGUCAUCAUUCUCGUACCCAGAGCCCUUCUUACGCGCGGUGCGACGAGGGGCUCUGGCCAAAUCCAUAUUCCGAACUGGCAUCUGAUUGGCUAGUUCUAACACCGGACAUUGUUUUCUUACCAUGUUUUUAUGGUAUCCGGUUAUGGAUUUGGCCAGAGCCCCUCGUCGCACCGCGCGUAAGAAGGGCUCUGGGUACGAGAAUGGUACGUCAUGCAACGCAAACAAAGUACAUAAUAUGUAUUUACAACGUGUUUAUGUUACAUGUUAUAUUUAUACAUGUUUGUUAGUGAUUGACCGAUUGUGCAACAAUCCAGCCUCGUCCCCUUGCGCUUUGAUUCGCUUCGGAACCCGCGCGUCUAAGUUGGAGCCUGGGGACGAGGCUGGUAACAAACAAAUUACCGAUUAUUCAUGCCACAAUCUACCCGAUGCCGAUACCGAUUUUAUAAUGACGUCAUAAUAUAAGUCGACCGAGUAAAGGUGACGUCAUUCAUGUUGAUUUUUUAACGAUAAUUUCCAACGUAACAUUUUACUGCAACCAAAGAUCGUUAAAACCGUUGAUAAAUGACACGCUUCACGCAUUAAUUUAACCUUAACAUAUUGCGUUAAAAUGCAACGUGUAUCAACGUGCAAUGCAUAUAAGUGCUUAUUUUCUCAACAAUCGGUUUUACACAAUCAGAAAUAUAGACUAUUAAUUCUACCGAUUCCGAUUGUCUACCGAAGUACCGAUAAGGCAAAAAUCGGCCCCGAUACCGAUUAUCGGUCAAUUACUAUAAUGUUUGUCUUUCUUAGGGUGACCGUUGGUUUUACAUUGAUGAUGGUCCAUUAUUCGAAACUCUACCACACCUGGUUGACUAUUACGGUGCAUUAGCUGAUGGUUUACCACACCAGUUACUACGAGCUAUUCAACCAAAUGGAAAUCCACCAAUAGCUCUACAGUACAACACGAUACCAUUACCAUCUCCAUCUAUACCUAAUUUCAAUAAUCAUAUUAAUACUCUUGUACCCCAGGUACGUCAACUAUCAUGGCUAGUGGCUGGCAUCAUGGCCUAUUCUAGUGCGCAGCGUUGCACACGUUGUGCAUGCAGUAUUAACUGGAAAUUGUGCAAUAUUGAAAAUUUGAAACUUUGUAUUACAAGACAGUGCUAUAGUAUAAACGUUGAACAUGAUUUAGGCCACAAGAGUACAAACAAAGGAGAGGCAGGCGCUACGGUUAAGAUUAAUGAUAAUGAACAUGAAAAAGUUCAAAAGGAAAUUUUCAACCGUUUUUAACAAAUAAAUAGAUGUUGCGUUAUUAAGACAACCCUCAAAAACAGUAUUCAGGCUCAUUUGUCAUAAAAUAGGCCAGAACACCUGUCAUAAAAUAGGCCAUGAUUGGUAAACGGUUUUGGCAAGUGGUCUGUUAUGUGCCAUUGUUCUAAUUCAAUGAAAGCAUCGGUUUUAGUAUAUUGUAUAUCACGAUGCUGGUGGCAUGGUAUGUACAGUAGUGCACGUACCCUUAAUUUGACCACUGCAACCAGAUUCGAUUUCUGCAAUAAAGUCGCAUGUAAAAAGAAUACUUUCAAUCUACCGAACACCGCAGGUUUUCUCCGCUACUCAGAUUUCCUCGUACAAUAUUACUGGAUCAAAGAGCGAUGACCCUUACUGGACCUCUAGGAAGAACAGUCUAAGACUGAUAAAGCCACCAAUAUAAUAAGUAGUUUUGAAAUCGUAUACAGGUAAAAGGUAUACACUUCUUAUGUAUUUACAAUAUUAUCAUUAUUAGCCUCCACCCAAGCCUCCGAUAGUACGUCGUGCAAAAAGCCUUGAUACCCCAGACGAUGACCCUAAUGACUACCUCAAGUUAGAAGAACAAUCAUCACGACAACCUCCUGGGAGAAGACAACCCCCUCCCCCACCCAAAAUUAAUCCUCCCCCACCCAAAAUUAGUCCUCCCCCACCCAGAAUUAGUUCCUCGAAAUUUAAUAGACCCCCGCCCCCGCUUCCCACCCCAGAGCACGAAAGCAAACCACGAACAAUUAUUAACUUGAGUGAACUUGAGAAAAGUACGGAACUUGGGCAAGGAGAGUUUGGUUCUGUCUUACGAGGAGUGUGGAGGAAUCCUAAUGGCGCUGCUGUGAGUAAAUACAUAUAAUGUGGUAAUCGUUAAAAGAUGCUGCAUGUUAUAAUCAUAAACAAUUUUACUAACGAGGUUAUAGUUGAAGGAUGCAGUUACAUGAAUAGUGUAGACAAUAUUUGGACAUUUCGAGCUUAGGCUCUUCGUCUGGAAGUAAGUAUUCCAUACGAAGGACUUUCAUUCAAGACGUCGAAGUAUUUCCUAUAUGUUCAUGUUGUUGCAUUAUUCUACAACCUCGUAAAACUGUGCAUGGCUACCUACACUAGAACACUCAAGAUGAAGCAACCUUGUUCUAUGAAGUUUUUCCGCAGACCACCCGCGAUUGGUACAGCCGCAGCAAGUUGUAUUCUUCCGAAAUCCCUCUAGUUUUACUUGUAGACGUAUACACAUAGGCGUAUGAGAGCGGGGAGCGAUGGGGGCAGCUCCCCACCCAAUCAUUCUUCUUAAAAAAAGGGCAAUUCUAAUUAAAAUCGGGCAAGUUAGUGAAGGGAAACGCUCCGGGUAUUAAAAUCGUCAAAAAAGGAAGAAAUAUGUAACGUUGGCAAAAUGUCGUAACUGAAUUCUCGAAACUGAUGACCCGCCGCCGAGUUCCCCCCCCCCCCUUCACAAAUUACGGGACAUUUAUGACGCAAAAUUAUUAUGGUCCACCCCCACCCCCUAUUUUUUCCUCCAGUACGCCUAUGCGCAUACAGAUUUGAGUAAAUUUUUCAUCCAAGUAAACGUUUAAAUAUUGAGUUGAUUAAAAUUCUGCGUUACUUCUAUUAUUUUGGACAUCAAAGGGGGCCGCAGGUUCUGUUAUUGAUAUCCACUACAAAUACUUAUUUUUGUUCAUUUAUAGAUGGAGGUGGCACUUAAAACACUUCAUCCAGAUAAAAUUACACAAGGAGAACAGGUACUGUAUUCUGUGGUUUUAGUUGUGCUGUUGCUAGUGCCGUCCUGUACUGUACUGUACUGUACUGUACUAUACUAUACUGUUCUGUGCUGUACUGCGCUGUACUGUGUACUGUACUGUACUGUACUGUACGGUACCGUAUUAUACUGUACUGUACUGUACUGUCUUCGUCAUCGUUCGUUUUUGCGUUCUUGGUACAACGUCCACCAAGUUUGUGCGAGAAGUUUGCUCCACUAACCUCUUCCUCAAGAAAUCUGUUUUUGUUGAUUUAAAAAUAUGAUAUCAAUCUUGUCACUAACGUGUUUGUUUGAUUCCAGGAGUUUUUGCGUGAAGCUCAAGUCAUGUCAGGUCUAAACCAUCCAUGUAUUGUUAAACUUCUUGGCGUCUGCCUUGGACCACCUCUUAUACUUGUAAGUAUUAUCAGUGAUCGUUUUACCUGCAGAAGAUUUUCUUUACAAAUGCACUAUGUUGUGUGAUUUUAAAGAUAAGUUGGUUUGGGGAAGAUUUAUAUAUUAAUAAAGCUGAACAAAAUAUUUAUUAUAACUUUUUCAGGUGCAGGAAUUAGUGAGUAUGGGUGCGUUGUUGGAUUAUCUUACUACUUUUGUGGAAGAAAUAUAUUUGGGUGAUCUCAAACUGUGGGCUGCUCAAAUUGCUUGGGGAAUGAUGUACCUGGAGGAAAAACGUUUUGUACAUCGUGAUCUUGCGACGAGGAAUAUUCUAUUACAGUCUAAAAACCAGGUACGUAAAGUGUUUAUGCAACAAAAUUUCACACGUUUUUAUGAUUGCAUUGGAAGGAAAAUUCAAAUUGACCAAAUAAGAUACUUUGCCAAACUAUUUUAACUUACUUCACUCUUGAGAUAUUUAACAAUUUUUGUUAAUUAUGCAAAUUAUCCUCACUAUGACGUCACAUUUUGUAAUGUUUCUGAAAAAUCUUUUAUAACUCUUAUAACUGAUCCAAAAUAGGUCGACAUUAAUAAAAUAUAUAUUACUCUCAUCAAUAUAACAUAACACAUAUGAACGGUUUUAUGGUUUCGAUGCACAAUAUCUCAAGAUCUUGAAGUUUUUAAGAAAGCAUUUUAAUGUGACGUCAUAGUGAGCAUAUAAAGAUGUUUUAAAAAUAUCUCAAGAAUAACGCAAACUGAGAUAGUUCGGCAAUUGCAGUUUGCAAAGUACUGUUUUUGAAAAACGGCCUAUGAAAAAUAAUGUAACAAUUGAUAGGCAAUCGUAAUUAAUUAAUUAAUUGAAUAAAUUUAUAGAUACAACAACAAGUACAAUCAUAAAAAAUGGUGUUGCAUAAGCACUUUAAAUCAUAAAACAAUUUCAUGUAUAAGCACUUUAAAUCAUAAAACAAUUUCAUGCAUAAGCACUUUAAAUCAUAAAAAAAAUUCGAGCAUAAGCACUUUAAAGUGCAAAUGACGCGCAACCGUUUAUUGUUGCGAACGAACUCAAAAAACGAACGAACUCAAAAUUUUCUUUAAUAAAGCAAUGCAAGGGACUUGACUGCAUGCACGAAUUAAUUGGAUCUAUAAACUUGUCUUUUAUGGUGCAUGAAAAUCGUCUUUGAUGACUGUAGAUUGAGAUAUAUAGUCGGCCACCCAUUCUCUCGCUACCUAUACGACUAAAUGUAAACAUGGCUGAAGGGAGAUUGUUUUUUUCCCAUAUGUGUAUAUCUUCAAGAAAACAUAGGCCCACUGUCAUAUAUCUAAUGAAAAACCAAACCAUUUACUUCGUUUAGAUAAAAAUAAGUGAUUUUGGUCUAUCGCGAGCAAUUGGUUCUGGAAGUAAUUAUUACAUAGCUUCAAAAGGUGGUCGAUGGCCUGUCAAAUGGUAA